UUGACGCUCCGUCUUCCUCCACUUACACCAUCAUUAGUCCUCCCGCAUCAUUUCCCUGCUUGCGUUCUCCUAUAUUCACCCGUGAUUCACGCAAAUAAAUUCCACGUCCGCAAAUAUGUCAGAAUCUCUGAUUGAUUUCCGCUCCCUCGUCGACUCCUACGACUUCGCUCCCGACGGCCAAGAAAAGUUCAACACCUUGUUCGGCCUCUUAGACAAAGCCAUUGGCAGCUCCACCAGCGGCACAGACGCCAAUGAGGCCGUCGCCAAUGGCAUCGACGAGAUAAGCAAUCGCGACGAGCCAGAAGGCUUUCUCUGGACAUUAUGGACGCUCUUGAUCGAAAUCUCGAAGCGCAUCCCGUUAGACGACUCACGGGCCCAGAGCCUGGUUGAAAUUACUCAGAAGCUCAAGGCUAAGCAAAGCGCAACCGUUGAGGUAUGGGGAUCGACGUACAGCUUGUGGACCGACAUGCCGCUCUUUGGAGCCGUCAUGAGAGAGGCGUGGAAUGCCACCCCUACUUUCGACAACUCCCUGGGAGAUGCCACUACGAUCGCCCAGUGGAAGUCGCUCAACUCAUUCGCCGCCCGCCUUCUCGGCUCUUCAGUGCAGUCUUGGACGAACUUUGCUCUGUGGGAACUUCGCCAGGGGCUGGAAGAGCCGCUGUCUUCUCAGCAGGCCAAGGACACAUACCUAAUCACCACAUCGGAGUGGAUCACUCACGCCGGCAAGGUGCUGUACGAUGAGGGACGCAAAGGAGCGCAACUCGACGAAGAUGAUGUUCGAGCUUUGAGAACCGGCUCGCUAUUGAAAGGAGAGGCUUCGGGAUUUAGUGAGGUGAGAUGGAGGUUCUGGAAGAAGAAGAUUGAAGAGCUGAGUGUGGAAGCGGGUGCCGAGGCAAAGAAGAGGGCGGAAAAGGCUUUGGAGGUGAUUAAGAGCCUCGAGGCUUAGAGGCAUCUCAAGUUCAACAAAAUAUGUAACAAACAGGAGAUGGAGUAAAUUCUUCAUUUCGCUUUCUAGAUCUUACGCAGCCAUAUAGCAUGAUAAAU